UAUGCAUUGCAUAUAAUUAGAUCACUUUCUGUUCAUAUCCCUUCAAUCAAUUUGAAUUUUUUCCCCCAAAUUAAUCAUUUCUUAGCUCAACGAAGAUGAUGAUCAGAAUCAGAAGCCGCGACGGCCUUGAGCGCGUCUCGAUCGACAACCCCAUCGCCGCCACUGUCGGCCACCUCAAAUCCCAAAUCCAGUCCCAGCUCCGUGUCCCAAUCCCAGCCCAAACCCUCUCCACAGACCAAACCCUUCUCCUCGCCAAAAACCCUUCCGACUGGACCCGAUUCGUUGACAUGGCCGACCCGAACACCCCUCUCUCUUUCCUCAACCUCGCCCACGGCUCCAUCGUUUACUUAGCCUACGAGGGCGAGCGGGCCGUCGCCGGGCCGGCCUUCCACCCCGCGGGCUCCUUCGGAAAGAAGAUGACCAUGGACGACAUAAUCGCGAAGCAGAUGAGGGUCACGCGCCAGGAGAAUCCCCACUGUGAGCUCGUCUCCUUCGACCGGGACGCCGCUAACGCCUUCCAGCACUACGUGAACGAGACUCUCGCGUUUGCAGUCAAGCGGGGCGGGUUCAUGUACGGCACAGUAUCCGAGGCGGGAAAAGUCGAGGUGGAUUUCAUCUACGAGCCGCCACAGCAAGGUACUGAAGAAAAUCUGAUACUCUUAAGAGAUCCAGAUGAGGAGAAAAUGGUCGAGGCCGUAGCCUUAGGGUUAGGAAUGAGGCGAGUCGGGUUUAUAUUCACGCAGACUGUUAGUCAGGACAAGAAGGACUACACGAUGUCUAGAGUCGAGGUUUUGCAGGCGGCCGAGCUUCAGGCGGAGGGUGAUCUGAAGGAGUGGGUCACGGCCAUUGUUAAGCUUGAGGUGAACGAGGAUGGUGGGGCCGAUGUACAUUUUGAGGCUUUUCAGAUGAGUGAUAUUUGCGUGAGGCUGUUUAAGGAAGACUGGUUCGAACGGGAUGUGCCGGGGGAUUUGGAUCCCAAGCUUUCGAGGAUGAAGAAGGACGUGGUGGUUGGGGUAAAGGACACGAGGGAUGUGGAUAAUGAUUUCUUUUUGGUGGUUGUCAAGAUUUUUGAUCAUCAGGGCCCACUUUCGUCGACAUUUCCAAUCGAGAACAGGAUAACCCCUUGGACAAUGAGGUCAUUGAAAACUCAUCUCGAUCGUGCGAAAAAUCUGCCGUUUGUGAAGAGGAUAUCUGAUUUCCACUUACUGCUUUUGCUUGCGAGGUUCUUAGACGUGAAUGGUGACGUGCCGGCUUUGGCUGGGUGUGUGAGGGUACAGGCUACGGUGCCUGAGGGCUACCAGCUGCUGAUCGAGUCCUUAGCCAGUGCCUCUUGACGCGUUUUACUGAAAACAAGCCUAACGUGUGGGCUGCUAAGGUUUUUUCAGUUCGAACUCGACUAUCUUGUAAACUAAUGGCCUUAUUAUAUAGUGCUUUCAUUUAUCUGGGUUUUUACUGUUAUUUAUAGAGUUUAUAUAUCUGUUGCUGUCUGUUAUUUCCUUCUCCUGGUUUGGUACUUCAGUUCAGCCUGACAGUAAUUUUUUAUUUUUUUUUCCCCAAGUUGUGGUAUUUUCCAUGGGUCAAUCAACUCUUUAGAAUAAUUUUUAGAACUCCUCAUGAAGUUG